UGCAGGCUAAGGAAACUUCAGAAGUUCAGAAGCUGGAUAAUCAACCAUUUAACAAUGCAAACACUAAUCUGGCGUUAAUUAAUAUAUCCAGCAUGUCUACAUCACUGACUACUGCUGAAUCCAGGAUGUCUGAACAGAAGACGCUGGACCUGCCAGUGGAUCAAGUUGAAGAAGAUGAAGAUAUACGAGAAGCAGAACUGGUUGUUUUUACUGACUGUUCUCAUGGAUUAGGUCUCAAGAUCUGUGGAGGAUGCAGCCCUGAUGGUACCGAGUUGUUUGGCAUCUUUGUGAAGAGGAUUUUACGUGGAGGCUUGGCGGAAAUUGAUGGCAGUUUGCAAGAAGGGGAUCAGCUGUUGACAGUGAAUGGAGAAAGUCUAGAGGGUGUCACUAAUGAUACAGCUCUGGCCAUUCUGAGACAUGCUGCCGCUUCAAACCGAGUUGAAAUGAUAUUCACACGGGACGAGCAGUCAAGAGAAGAGUAUGGAUUGUAUUCAGGAAAGCACAGUGGUCGCAGUUCAGUCGUUGCUGAUGCCUCCUUUGCUAAUGGUGGUGCAGGGGCGGAGGAAUUAUCAAGAAUUCAGAAAGAUUCUCUUGCACCUGAGGGUAUUCCAGUAGAGCAUCCAAAUGAUUCCUUUGAGGCAUCCAAGGGUGAUUAUACAGCCUCCAUGAACCAACUGAGUUUCGCCAGGCAGAAGCCAGGAACAGUCCCGAUAUUCUCACGUCCACCCCAUACAUGUCUAAAGGCAUGCUACAGAUGUGCUCACCUCAAUCAUGGACUGAAUGAUAGUGACCUCUCUACUAGUCCUGUCCAAAUCUCCUCAGCCACCACCCCUCCUCCUCUUGAUACAUACUCCCCCCGUAGCAUCGGCAGCUCUCCAAGAGGAGGAGGGGCCAGGAUCUCCAGGAAGAUCUCCAUCGAUCCUCACUCCAAGGUCAAGGUCGAGAAGCUGGAAGUGACGCUGCGGUACCUGGGCCUCGAACCAAGUGCUGAUCAGCAGGAGGAGCUGCACAAGAUGCUGGACAUCGAUGACGAAGGCCAGGUGGAGUACGGAGCUUUUGUAAAGGCAGCCAAGCAGGUGUUUCAAGCCCACUUAAAGGGUCGCCAAGUUGCCUGGCCAACAACACCAUCACAGGAUCAGUCGUGGGAGUAUGAGGAGGAGGAGGAAGUGCUGGACCAGGAAAGCUUGUGGAAUGAGAGAAACCAGUUGAGGCUUGAAGUUCAAAAGCUAAGGGAACUAGUUCGAGAGAAGGACAGAAUCUGUUUCAGAAGAGAAGAGGAACUACAUAAAAUCCGUCGGGAGGCCCAGGAUGCCUUUGAGGAGGUCCGGUCCCUCCGUAGCAAGCUCCACCUGGCUGAGCAGGCCCAGCUGGCGGCACGCACCAUGGAAGAGGACUACGAGGAAGUGGUGGCACUCCUGGAGAACGAGAUAGCACAGCUCCGGGUGCAACUUGUGAAGACAGAUGGCGUGCCUCCUACAAACCCCAGCCUUGCCCAGAAGAAGCUGGCCGUGUUGGUGUGUCAGCUAAAGAAAGCUGAGGCAGGCAGGAAGACGUAUGAAGUCACCACUGAGAAGCUACUGGAAUAUGUGGAGCAUGUCCAGGAGGCUAUAACAGUUCCAGCCACUGAUGGUAUACAGGCCAGUGAGAAUGAAAAGAACCAGAUGAACCAGACGAAGAAGAACAAGAGACAAAAUCUCAAGGGUUUGGCUAAGGAGGGACAGGAGGUGGUGAAGAUGGUCAAGUCUCUAAUUGAGACUGUGCCUCUGCCAUAUGGAUGGGAAGAGGCCUACACAGGGGAUGGAACGAAGUACUACAUCAACCAUACUAACCAGACAACAACAUGGACACAUCCUGUGUCCGGCGUCCAGCAUCAGACCGACUCACUCCACAAGCCCAAGCCGCCAACAAUACACGCUGACAAGGGAUAGGAGCAGGUCAUCGAGUUCUUCCAUCAAUUGUCUUCAGUCCAAACCUGCCGCAGCAUGUGUAGUUUGUGUGGACUACCAACAGCAAUACCGGCGUAUGUCGCCUUGGAUCUCGAUCUUCCAUCCAUUGAUGUUAGCCUUAACAAGGUUUGUUAUUUAACCAUGUGGUGGAUAUCAGCUAUAUCACCCCAAGAACGCCAAACUGACACAUUGUCACAGUGAUGUGUCUAUGCCAGUUAAACCUUGCUCUUGUAUUUGUUGGCUUGUCAAGUAGAACAAAUAUUUGUGCUUGUUUUUUGAGCAGUAUUAAUUUUUUAAAUUAUGAGACACAGGGAUGGGUACAGGUUUGAUCUUUCUUCCAGUGCUAAGAUGUCUCAUUCUUCGAUUGCAAUACAAUCAACAAACAAGACAGGCAGCUACAUAGUGUUUUUACAGCUGAAUUGAUGUGCACUUAACAAUCAUCAUUGUAACUAUAUUUUGUCAUGUUUUUAAUGUUUAACAGGAAUUUAUCUGAACCUGCUCAGAUACUGAUGAAAAUUCCCAAAUGAUGAUUAAAACUGUUCCUGUUCAAGGUAAAAAAGUUACAACUAAUCUGAUGGUUUAGCAAUAGGGGGAUAAGACCCUUCUUUUGAAGAAGCUGCUGGCCCUGUGGUAAUGUUUAUAUGGCUUGUUUUGUCGGCAAUAGAAACCGCUCAGUCCACUAUGAUUUCAGGGUAUGUAGGUUAUGGACAAAGUCACCUUUUAGUGUGACAUUUUAAGUUGUAUUCAUAGACAGUGCUUUACCAGUGUAUGGACAGACAAGUCUGUUCUUUAAGUCAUAAUAUUCAGCUUAAACCAUUUCCUUUGUGAAAUGAUUUUACUGUAUUUCUUGUUUCAUUAGACAAUGACGCAUCAGAACAGGGUGUAUCCGCUGUGUGAAGGAAGCUUUUACAGUGCAAUAGAUCUCAGUCAGUGGAUUUAGCCUCCUCAUACGUUGGCCAUUGUUUUUCCAGUAGUUUUCGACAAUCACAUUACAUAUGGCCCCAGAUCAUUUUUACAACCAUUGAGUAUUUCCUCAUGUUAUCAUUCACAUUGGGUAUGGAUAAUCAUCUUUGGGUUUUAAUACAGUUUUACUCCCUUGGGUUCGGUCUAGUGGGUAUUUUUAAACACUUACGUAAAUAUUUAUUAUAAUAAUUCUGAUGCAACAUAUGACAGCGUGUGAUUUAAUCCCAGCAGUCAAGUUCAUAUAGAUGAUUGGAUUUAAGAUGGAUUUUAUCAGUAAAAACUAAUUGGUCAAGAAGUACACUAGCCAAAUGCAUCAUUGGGUAAUUACAGUCAUGUAAACUUCAGGAAUUUUGAAAUUUUCAUUCGUGUUUGUAUGCAGUCCAUUCAAAUUUUAUCAGGUAUUGGUGACUUUACACAAAUACAUACUCGUGAAGAUCCGGGUAAGAACUGAUCUUCAGUAACCCAUGCUUGUUGUAUGA